AUGUUACUACUCAAAUACGUUGAUGACCUCUAUUACGGUGGGAGAACUAGAGAGGAAGCACGACUUGGUUACGAGUUCGGCUCUCACGUCUUCACAGGACAUGGCUUCGGUAAUGACCCCGUUAAGUCCUUCUGCAACUGGUUGACUGCGGACGGUAACGACGGUGCCAAGAAGUCCGUCCUUGGAUACCUGCUCAAGUUAGACGUCGACAAAUUCCACGCGGUUUACUCCGGCUACGUGCCAGAUGGUGAAGUCACUAAGUUACAGGCUUGUGCAGCCUUGGCUUCUCUCUACGACCCUCUUGGCCUCUACGUUGAGCUAGACAUACAAGGACGACUACUUUGGCGAGAAGUCUGUCAGGCUCAUAAAAACUGGGACGACAAGCUCAACGAUGAUUUGGUCCAUCGGAUCAAAGUAUGGGCAACGUCGUGUACGGAAAUAACUACGUUAAUAGGCUUCGAGAGGUUCAUUGACUUGGAGAAUUACCCCUUAUUGGUCUCAUCAGAUGCAUCUGGUGAAUGUUGGGGUGUGGACGUGAGGUGUACCACUGGUGAAGAUACUACUACUAGGGUCAUGGCUCGUGGAGGAGUCUUCCCAAGCUCACAGACUAAGUGGACUAUUCCAC